AUGUUCGACAAGUCGAGAGAGAAGAAGAAGAAGAAGAAGAAGAAGAAGAAGAAGAAGAAGAAGAAGAAGAAGAAGAAGAAGAAGAAGAAGAAGAAGAAGAAGAAGAAGAAGAAGAAGAAGAAGAAGAAGAAGAAUCAUACUGAGCAGUACGUGCUUACCUCGACGCCCGAGUUGGGCUUCUUGGGGGGUCACCCCCCACCCUUCUUCUCGCCCCCAGCGCCGGAGGCAGAGCCGGCCUUGCUGGAUUGGCCAGCAGGCGAGGAAACGACGGUCACAGGACCGCCGGCCAUGUCGACUUGUAUUUUUUUUUUUUAA